AUGGAUGAUGACGAUGUAUUGUAUGAACAGUUCCAAUAUGAGAUGGAACACGGCACUCCUCAUCCGGAUGUAGCAGAAGCACAGGAAUUAGAACAACUACUUGCACAGCUAGAAAAUGAACAACAGAGGCUAUUCUUGCAAAGAAAUGUACGACGUCGAAACGAACCAGUGCGUUGGCCAGAUUUUGUUAACAGAAGGCCUUACCUGGUCUUUCUGCUUCGAAACCUUUUGAUUUUGGAUCAUAUUCUGAUGAUCCUGUUUCUCCCAUUCUCAGUCUUUACGUUGUUGAAAACUGUCAUUAACAAGGUUACAUUUAGUGAUGCAGAUAUGCUCAACGAUAUUGUCGAGUAUGUCCACAAUAGGAUUGUGGUGGACCCUAAGUCUAGCGUAGUCUAUCUCUAUAGAGGCGGUGACGGUUUGCUAGGGUGUUUCCACAACUCAGUGGUAUAUCACUCGGCACCCUUUUACAAAUACCUGAUGAAGAUGUACGGAAACUCCAAUUUUCUCCGCCAGCUAUACACUAUUACUGUCAAAUGGUUUGCAGUGAGUACAUUCACACUCUAUGGCCUUGUUGUGAGUAUGUAUCUUUCGUUUCUGACGUUUUUCUUCAUCGUAUGCGUGACUCUACUUUUCAUUAAGAAAUUCAAAGGAGUGGACCUGAUGAUAGCCAAUAUCCUCCAGACAUGCGACCUAAUAUUCUAG